GUUCCGGCCGUGGGUUGUGGGGGGAAUGUGGAGCUUUUUCGCGGAAAGAUUGUGACGUUGACCGGCGAUGCUUUUUUGAAGUCGACUGAUUUAGCCCCGCCAACCCUGCCCCUCCGUCAACAAGCCAUUCACUGCUCCUUCCUCAACAACCUUUAAACCUCGUUGCUGUCAUCACUUCUUGGGCCCCAUCGUUCCUUCCCGCUGGAUUGACCUCAUCAGCCCAUAAUCAUGGCCAAAGUCGACCAGAAGACGGUCCUCAUUGUCAUCGACGGCUGGGGUGUCGCGACUGAGAAGUCGCGCAAAGAUGGCGAUGCUAUCCUUGCUGCAGACACGCCCACCAUGGACGAAUUCGCAAAGGAGGGCUCCAAGACUGCCCAGGGUUACACCGAACUCGAGGCCUCUUCUCUCGCAGUCGGCCUGCCCGAAGGCCUGAUGGGCAACAGCGAAGUCGGCCACCUGAACAUCGGCGCCGGACGCGUUGUAUGGCAAGACUCCGUCCGCAUCGGACAGACCAUUAAGAAUGGAAAGUUGAAGGAUGUAGACAACAUCAAGAAGUCGUUCCAGCGCGCCAUCGACGGUAACGGAAGGCUCCACUUCUGCGGUCUGGUUUCCGAUGGUGGUGUCCACUCCCACAUGGACCAUCUCAUUGCGCUCCUCAAGGUUGCAAAAGACCAGGGUGUCAAGGAGGCCUACAUUCACUUCUUCGGUGACGGCCGAGAUACCGACCCCAAGUCCGCGGUCGGAUACAUGGAGACUUUGCUGAAGGCGACCAAGGAGAUUGGCCUGGGCGACAUCGCAACAGUGGUCGGACGAUACUACAUCAUGGACCGCGACAAGAGAUGGGACCGUGUCGAACUUGGAAUGAAGGGUUUGAUCACCGGAGAGGGUGAGGAGAGCAGCGACCCCGUCACAACCAUCAAGGAGCGAUACGCAAAAGACGAGAACGACGAGUUCCUGAAGCCCAUCAUUGUUGGAGGAAAGGAGCGAAGAAUUCAAGACAACGACACCGUCUUCUUCUUCAACUACCGUUCCGACCGUGUUCGAGAAAUCACUCAGCUGUUGGGUGAUGUCGACCGCUCGCCCAAGCCCGACUUCCCGUACCCGCAGAACAUCCACCUCACCACCAUGACCUCGUACAACCCCAAAUACACUUUCAACGUUGCUUUUGAGCCCCAGAGAAUGACGGAUGUUCUUGCCGAGACUCUAGGAAAGCAGGGCGUCAAGCAGUGUCACGUUGCGGAGACCGAGAAGUAUGCUCAUGUUACCUUCUUUUUCAACGGUGGUGUCGAGAAGCAGUUCGAGAACGAGGAACGCGAGAUGGUUCCUUCGCCCAAGGUAGCCACAUACGAUCUAGAGCCGAAGAUGAGCGCCAUGGCCGUUGCAGAGAAAUUGUGCGAGCGCAUCCAAACAGGCAAAUUCGAGUUCCUCAUGAACAACUUUGCGCCACCAGACAUGGUCGGUCAUACGGGUGUCUACAAGGCAGCCAUUGAAGCCUGCACAGAGACCGACAAGGCUAUCAAGAAGGUGUACGAUCAGUGCAAGGAAAGCGGAUAUGUUAUGUUUGUCACUGCCGAUCACGGUAAUGCGGAAGAGAUGCUUACAGAGGAGGGCACACCCAAGACCUCCCACACAACCAACAAGGUACCUUUCGUCAUGGCCAACGCCCCGGAAGGCUGGAGCCUGAAGAAGACUGACGGCGUGCUUGGUGACGUCGCGCCUACCCUACUUGCGACUAUGGGUCUUCAGCAGCCUGAAGAUAUGGACGGCCAUAGCUUGCUUGUCAAGUCAUAGGGUGUCAUUUGUAAUAAAGAUGUGAGACGAAAGUUUGAGAUGCUUCGU